CAUUACUUGAAAUCAAAACAUCUAAGCCUUGAUAAGAGACUUGAAAAGCAAGAAACAAAAGAACAGUGCAUAAAAUACAAAACACAGCCCACAGACAGAGAUAGGAGGUGUGGAGUGAAAGGCAAAUAGGAGCCACAUCCUAUUUCCACAGAGGGCAUAUAAAUCUUCAGUAAAGACUGCAGUGAAACCCGCUCACCUCUGAGAAGCACAUUCUUCAUGAACAGCUGCAGUAAGGAUCUGUCUGCAUUCAGAAAGAUAAGUGGGAUCUGCCUCUUUUUCCUUUCUCUGCUUCCUUUGUUCUCUCCUGGUGACCUCUAGCCAGGAGCAGUUUCACAAUUGAUCCAAUAUGCGGGAGCCCUCCUCCAAGGCUUGGGAAAACUUUCCUCUUCUGAUCUAUAUUUUGAUCGCAAAAUCUAUAAUUCUUUGCUUGGCAUUUGCCGGAGCCAAAAUGUGGCAGAGAAAAAGACUGGAAGCACAAAGGCAACAAAAAUUGGAGGCCACACCAAAAAAAAUGAUUGAGAAGAAAGAUGAGUGACGUGUCUCCCAAAGAUUCUGCAAACUGUCUGGUGAUUUGGAUAGACUCCAAUUCUAGGAGUUUGGUGUGUCAAGGGAAUAUAUCCCCGCCUGUAACUUCAACUUAAAACAGUGUAUAAGUUUGCAUAUGCUUUAUUAGGAAUUGGCAUCUAAUUUACAUAUUAAAAUGGUAUUCUCAA